UUGAAACGAAAGGAGAUUCUCACACUGGAAGCAUCUGGGCGUGAGGCACAGCCCUGAACAUGACCAUGGAGAGUUUUGCAGAGCUCCUGAAUAAGCUCAAGGAAAUCCAUGAGAAAGAAGUCCAAGGACUGCAAAACAAGCUGACGGAGCUGACGACGGAGAAGUGCCGUGAUGCUCAGAGAAUUGAAGAGUUGUUUGCUAAAAAUCACCAAUUAAGGGAACAACAGAAGGUCCUUAAAGAAAAUGUGAAGGUGCUAGAAAACAGGCUGCGAGCAGGUCUCUGUGACAGAUGCAUGGUCACCCAGGAGCUGGCAAAAAAGAAGCAGAAUGAAUAUGAGACCUCCCAUUUCCAGAGCCUGCAGCACAUCUUCAUCCUCACUAAUGAGACGAACCGCCUGAGGGAAGAGAACAAAACUCUCAAGGAAGAACUGAAGAGGCUCCGGAGCCUGGAGGACAGGACAAAGCACCCAGGAGUCACCUCCAGGGAAAGCACCUCCACCCCCAGCUCCCCCUUGGCUUUACUGUCCCCAGUGAGCAGGAGCACCAGCAAUGAGAAAGCAGCUCACAGGGGAGCAGAAGAAGCCCACCAUGACGUGCCAGUCCUCAAGCUGGGAGAAGAAAAACCUGCAGGACAGAGCAGCUCUCCAAGCAGUAGGACUUCCCCAGGCACUGUCCUCCAAGAAGUCAGCCUCUCAGAAAUGGCAUCCCAGAGGAUUGCCAACCAGCUGCACGGAACCAUUGCCCUGGUGAGACCCGGAUCCAGACCCUGCCUCCUGGAAAAAAGUCCUUCUGGGGCAGCAGUGUCCCCACCAGCCAGGAAGACUCCUCUCCCUCCGGAGCGCGAGCACAGCCCCAGCCUCGAGGCAUAUUUAACAGCAAGCAAACCAGACUCCCCCAAGAUUUCUCCAUCCUAUGAAAAGCUAAAACUGACUGCCCGAAGAGAGCAGCUCUGCCUCCUUCACAAGCACCUUUCCCUGCACCAGCUGGGGCUGGCGAGCAGCUGUGCCUCAGCUGACCGGGACAGUGGCAGCCUCUCCAGCCAUUUGCUCCGGACCAAAGACACUGAUAGCGAUGGCAGGACAUGGUCACAUGAUGGCUGGGAAGAUCGCGCAGCCUUGCUGAAGCUCCCUGCCGCCAUGGUGUACGUGAGGGAUCAGCACCUGGAGGAGAAGCUGCACCUCCUCAAGCACAGGGAGCGGCUGCAGCAUUUCCUCAUGCAGCAGUGCCAGCCAGGCCAGCGGGCAGAGGGAGACCCAAAGCUCACGCCCGAGGAGCGGCCCCUCUCCCCAUGGCCAAGCAUGAUGCCAGGAUGCAAGGAGGAAAGGUCCUUUCUGGAGGAUGCUGCAGAUGGGAAGGAAGAGAAGGAGGUUUGGCUGAGCUGGGACAGCUCCAAACUCCAGGAAAAGGUGAAGGCGGCAAGGGACGAUGGUGCAGACGUGCCGCUGGAUCUGUCAGACUCCGGCCGUGGCAGGGAAACAGGCUGGAACAACUGCCGGGAGCUGCGGGGGUCCAGCAGCCCACGCCUGAGCCCCAGGGAGAGCCCAGCUGUGCCGGCAGCCCGCGGCCCCUGUGGGAGACACGGGGCAGAGCGGGACGACUUGCUCUUCCCCUACCACUGGCCCAAUGCCACCCGGGCACUGCCUGGUGCUGUCAAGGAGGAGGAAGACGAGGAGGAUGCAGCUGUGCUCACGCUCUCACGAGCACAUCCAACAAACACCUCCACGCUGAGCGACCCAGAGGCCCUUCCAGAGACCGGGGUGAGACUGGAUGUCAGUGCACAGAAGGGAGAAGCAGAUGACAAUGAUGCUGACUCUGGGAAGCAGGAAUCCGAUGAGCCAGACACGACGGACAGCGAGGUGGCUGCCCCAUAUGAAGACGAUAUCCUACAAGAAGCCCAGGCUGAUGGGAAAUACUUUUGCAUCAAAGACAAAGCUCACACGCUGCAGAAGAAGAGAAAAAGAGGACAGGAUCCCUGGACAAAAGGAGCCAAGAAGUCAGUGAGAGGAAAAAAGAAAGUCAAAGCAGAGCAGUGCUCAGCAGUGAUCACGAAGGAACCAGAGAACUGCUCCACUUCCCACAACGAUACCUCUGAAGAGAGCUAACAGCAGGGCAGGAUGAGAAGCAGCACAGACACUGCAGAUCGAAGGAGAGGGCUCGGAGACCUCAGUGUCCCACCCAGCCUGGGAGAGCAACUCCUCCUGCUGUGCUGGGCCAGGCAGUGGGAAGUUCACAAGGACUCAUUAAUGAGUAGAGCACCCUGCAAAUCCUCACUCAGUGCCCCAGGAGAGGUUAGGCAAGGAAGAGCUGUGCAGGUGAUACCUGGAGCAGCCAGGUCACUGCUGGUAGAGCAGCACACUCGGUGACCCCCAGCCCUGUGCCAGAGCAGACUCUCAGGCUGGUUGCGAGGAAGAGGAGAUGCCCUCUUUACAGCACUCACCCUGGGUCAAGACCAUGUUCUUCCCCGGGAUUUCACGCAAGGAGAACAGACUACGCAGACCCCGUUCCCCACGUACGAUGUCCCUGCGGCUGGCCGAAAGAUGGUGACCAAGCUGAACGCCUCAGGGCCCCAUGCACAAACCUGCGUUGAUUAAAUCCCUACCCAGG